AUGGAGACAAACCCAUCCUUCGUUCUACGAGCAGUCAAAGACGUCGCUUUCGAAGAUAGGCCUGUUCCCUCUCUGAAAGAUCCGUGGGAUGUCCGCGUUCAUAUCGCUCAAACUGGCAUAUGCGGGAGUGACGUGCACUAUUGGCAACGUGGGCGGAUUGGAGACUUCGUGCUCGAAUCCCCGAUAGUGUUGGGGCAUGAGAGCGCCGGGACGGUCGUGGCGGUCGGUACCGCCGUGAAAAAUGUCAAGGUCGGUGAUCGCGUGGCUAUUGAGCCGGGCGUGCCAUGCAGGCACUGCGAGUACUGCCGCAAAGGAUCCUACAACCUCUGUCCGGACACGGUCUUCGCAGCCACCCCGCCUCACAAUGGCACGUUAUCCAAAUACUACAUCACCCAGGCAGACUACUGUUAUCCCAUCCCCGCGCAUAUGGGUCUCGAAGAAGGUGCCAUGGUCGAGCCUGUCGCCGUCGCGGUCCAAAUCACAAAAGUCGGGAAUGUCCGACCGAACCAGACCGUUGUGGUGUUCGGAUGCGGUCCUAUCGGUCUCCUCUGUCAGGCUGUUUGUCGGGCCUACGCGGCCAAGAAGGUAAUCGGGGUGGAUAUUUCGGAGUCGCGAUUAGUGUUUGCGAACUUAUUUGCUGCGGACGAGGUUUAUUUGCCGCCUGACAGGCCCGAAAAUACCACUGAUGAAUCGGAGUGGAGCACACAUGUGGCGUCUAUGAUGAAGGAGAGGUUCGAGCUAGGCGAAGGGCCGGACGUGGUGAUCGAGGCGACUGGCGCGCAGAGUUGCAUUCAGACAGGGGUUCAUCUUGUCAAAAAGGGAGGGAUGGGUCAGAAUGUUGUGUUCCCUAUCACGACCGCUUGUAUUCGCGACCUGACGAUUCGGGGGUCGAUUCGGUACACGACGGGAUGCUAUCCGACAGCGGUAGAUCUGAUUGCGAGCGGGAAAAUUGAUGUAAAAGGAUUGAUUACAGAUCGAUUCACCUUUGAGCAAGCCGAGGAGGCAUUUGAGCUGGUGAGGCGGGGCGAGGAGAGUGUGAUAAAAGUGAUGAUUGCAGGACAUCCCUAG